UAAGCGCCAAACAAACAAACAUAGUUGAAUCGACCAGAGUCUAUCUAAUCUACUCUAAUCUAUUAAUUUUCAAAUAAUUUGCCUCUCUAAUAACACGCAUUAGUUAUAAAAAGUGUGACUAGCUGUGAAUAGCUUUCAGUUAAUCGACAGUUGGUUUCUCUUUGAGCGAGUACAUGUUUAGAUUAUUAAAGCGCAUUAAAAAAAAACUCACCAUUCCUUUAAUAACAUUUGGAAUUAAAUACUUCCUUAUCGCCCUUAUUGAGCUCAUUUUCCAGUUUAUCUUCAAUUUCUCUUAUAUUAAACGAUAUUAACUGUAUAAAUCAAUUGUAUUAGUAUUAGACAAACCGAAGGGCGAGAUAGAGAUGAGAACAAUCGGCAGUAAACAGUAACAGGCAUAGUUCCUCUCUCUAUAAUAAAAGUGAACUAUUAUAGCAUAACGUUAUGACAAUAAGUGAAAACAAUGAGCUCUGAUUAUGCAGAAGCAUAGAAAACAUAGUUAAAUAAAGAUGAAAGGAGUUCAAAAGUCUGCUUUGUGCAUGUGUUUAUGAUAUUUACUCAACCAUUUGUUGCACCAGAAAAUCAAGUAAUGAACGUGCAAGUCAAAGUUUAGUGCAAAAACAGAUUCAAACAGUGAAGACAGUGAAGAAAUUGGAAAAUUUGUUAAUCUUAGGAUUAGUAUAAAACAAGAAUUAAAACAGAGGCAAAAAUUUUAGAUUCGAUGAUAAAAUCAUGGAGAACGCAGUUAAUAGUAGAAUUAAAAAAGAUUGCUUAGGAAAUGAAAUAGAUAGGGGAUAUAAUAAUGCACUUAAUAAUGAUCAAACAAUGGACGUUGUGCGUCAUAAAUUGGAGCUAUUUCAAGCAAUUAUUUUAAAAGAUGUACAAAAACAUGUUAAGAAUUGCUUAGACGAGGUCAUGCAAGAACUUCGACAACAACAUGUGCAAAGUCAGGAGUUUGCCAAUUUUGCCCAAGCAGAACAUCAACAGAAAACCGGUAUUUGGACAAAUCGCCAGAUGGGAACAAUAGCAGCAGCAACCACUAACACUAGUAAAGAAAAUCCAGUAGUUGAUCAUAACAACAAAGACAAACAACAUAUACAAGAGACAAUAAACAAUGUCGGCAAAACAAUACGUCAUUUACCUGAUAAGAUAUUUACGACACGUGAAUCAUAUUUAACUGCUUUGCUGAAGGUUGACCAUAUGAAAACGAUUUAUCAUAUAUUUUACGCAAUAUUUACAGUUUUUCUCUUGAAUACCAUAGUGCAGGAUUAUUUGGCGAAGGGCAGUUUCAAAAUCGGUUCGGAUACUUUUCGUACAUCGUUCGCCAAGAUUCAAUAUGUGCUAUUGGUGUGGCUGCUGCAGCAUGUAUUUGUUUUUGGAAUUUACUAUGCUUGCCGUUUGUGGGCUUCGUGGAGGGAGAUAUUACAACCGCAAAGCUUUACCGGUAAGCUGUGGUCUUGCGCCUGUCUAACCCUGUACGCGCUAAGUCAAUUUUCAUUUUUAAUUAUCGCUUGUUUUCUAAAUUUUAAACUGGAUUUACCUUUUGCAUCGGGAAUUGUCUUGCAAUUGGAAACGAUACGUCUGCUAAUGAAAAUGCACGCGUUUGUGCGCACUAAUAUUCCGCGCGUACUCCACGGCAAAGUCAAGACGGACGAUCAGUUAACACAACAUGCCAUAGCCAUAGCUUUCCCAUCCUUUAGUUGGUACUUGUAUUUUCUGUUUGCUCCCACUCUAGUCUAUCGCGAUUUUUAUCCUCGUUCGUCGCGCAUUCGAUGGAAAUUUGCUUUGUCCCGUUUCAUGGAAGUUGUCGCAAUAGCUUUCCUAUACAGUUACAUUUGUGAAUGCUACAUUGUACCCAACUUUAGUGAUUUCGGUAAACAUUCUUUCAACAUUUCAUUUAUAACGGUUAAGUUAUUUGCUUCACUUAUGCCUUUCACGAUGAUCCUCUUAACCGGCUUCUAUAUGAUCUUACAUGCUUGGCAUAAUUUCACUGCUGAAUUGUUACGCUUUGGCGAUCGAAUGUUUUACAAGGAUUGGUGGACUGCUUCCAAUUACGAUACCUAUUAUCGCAAAUGGAACGUAAUAGUCCAUGAUUGGCUAUACGAAUAUAUCUAUAAAGACUUUUACAUCUAUGUAUUUAAGGGUUCGAAAUUUUUAUCAUCACUCGUCGUUUUUUGGAUAUCAGCUCUAUUUCAUGAUAUACCGUUAUGUUUCAGUUUGCAUUUAUUCUUUCCCGCCAUAUGCAUAUUCUUGGGCCUACUUGGAGUACUUUUAGUAUUCAUUACUCGUUUAGCACCGAAGAAUUUCGGUAAUUUUGCUUUAUGGUUUAGCUUAAUAGUGGGUAAUGGAGCACUAGUUGCCGCCUAUUGCACAGAAUAUUACGCCCGAUUUAAUUGCCCAAAAUUGAUUGAAAAUUGGUGGAAUCAUUUACUUCCUCAUAUGUGGUAUUGUUAUCAUAAUAAUAAUAUUUGAAAGCUAACUAUGGAGUAAUGUCCGAAACACAAUACGAAAAAUAAAUAAUUUUAAGCAAUUGUUUAUUAAAUUAAAUUUAAUUAAUGAAGUUUGUAAUAAAAUUGUUAAAUACUUUCUAAAUUAAGAGAAAUUAGUUUUUGUGAGUACAAGUUGAGUUUAAAGAACGAUGUCAAGACAUCUUUGUUAAGAAUUACAUCAAGAAGAAGAAGCAUUUAAAACUUUAAGCAGAAAUGAAUGAAUGUUAGCUUGAUAACUUAUUGUAAUUUGGCUAAAAAAAAAGAGGUCUCCAAUAGGAAUAAUAACCGAUCAAUCCCCGAUCUAUUACAUCUUGAACGCAUUAUUGCGGUUUCAAUUCCUAGGGUACAGUAAGUACAACUAACACAGGAAAAAAAUGAACAAGAAAAAGUGAUAUUAGAUUUAGGCUCUGACUCGUUUACCAAUUACCAUCAGCAGAAAUUCCAUGCCCACGGUCAGACCUAUCAAUGUGCAGGUCUAUUAUCGUUA